GAUGUUUGGAUGCUCUCAGGGUUUUUUCAAGUUUAAGCAUAAUAUCCCAAUAUUUAGAAUGAUGUUUAUAUUUCUGUCGCUUCUGGAACUUGCAGUUGUUGGUUUUAUGUCUCGUAAUGAAGGUGGCGGGAUAGUUUUGGGAUCUCAAUUAGACAGUAGAGGCAGACGUAAUAUUACAUCGAACAAUAUUACGGAAAUUUCAGCGUGGAAAGAUAUGCCAAGUCCAAAGAUGGGUCUUAAGCAGGCAUCUUAA